CUGUCGUAAUUUCAUUAAUUAGACUUUCUCUCCAGGGUGUAAAAGUUGUCCUUGUUGGAUUCUUCAAUAUAGCUGACUUGGCAAAUGUGAGCAAACGUGAAGAAUGGGUAAACGGCUUGCUCAUAACAGCUAUUGCUGGUCACGCUGAUGGAGUGAAUAUUGAUAUGGAAGGGCCUAUAAGCAAAGGAAGUAAGCAAGUGAUGUUACUCAAUGAACUAACAGCCAAUGUUUACCAAACAUUUAAAAAGAAGCUACCAGGCUCACAGGUAAUUUAGAAGCUAGAGCAAAUGAGAAUGCCUGGAAGUCGGGCAGCGGCCAUUUUGAAAAUUUUCGGCUUACUGUAAAACUUCAUAACUUAAACAUUUUUUUGCGCUGUAUUAUACACCCUUUUCAUAAAUGUCUGCCGAUUAAAAAUUCUUUUAUGUGCAUAUAAAUUGGCCCAACUAGCCUCGUACUCAUGUUAAGAUUUCAAAGGAAUUUGUACCCAGAAACGAAGCUAGUUGGGCCAAUUUAUAUGCACAUAAAAUAAUUUUUAAUCGGCAGUAUAGUACAUAUACAGGCUGUAUAUGUAUUAUUUACAACAUGAGCAUUUGGAUAUACAAACUCGAGCAGAAAUUGCAGAAUAUUUGUUGAGAAAAUUGAUCUUAAAAUUUAUGUAAAUCAGCAUGAUUUUGUAUUAGACACAGUAGCGGACACUAGAGGAGGGAGGGAGAGGGGCGCGGUGAUACUACAACAUACUCAUUUUAUACAUUCUGUUUUGUUCUGUGUAGGAUUCCUUAUACCUCUACUGAUAAUUUUUUUAAACAAUUAGAAUUGAUAGUUUAAACUGCACAUUAAACAACAACGCUAAUCGACAUGAUUAAUUGAUUAUCUUAGAAAAAGUAUCUAAUGUCAGUCAAAUGCCACAACUCCGGACUCUUUAUUCAUUUCAUCAAGUAAGCCAUGUUCUGAAGAUUCGCAUAACUUAGAACCUUAAACGGACACCAAAACCCUUUUGGCAUACAUGUUGGAUAUUUCUCCCGCCAAAUAUUUCGUGAAGUGUCGUGAUCAGACAUACAAACUCGCCACUGAUCAGACAUACAAACUCGCCACUGAUCAGACAUACAAACUCGUUCACGGUCAUGAUUUCAUUUGUCUUCUCUUCAUGAAUUAUUAAUGCGUUUCACAAGUAUAGCAAUGAAGAGUUGGCAAACGAGAGUUUGUAUGAGAGUUUUCUCAACUCUCGUGCCCCGCGGUCAAACGAGAACAAAAGUUGAUAUUACCGGGCGCCUGGUGAAAACUCUCAUCAACAAUGUUGUCAAUUAGAGUCGAUGAGAGUUAGCAGUCAAACAGGAGCGAGGCAGGUGGUCACGAGGGACCCAAACAGUUCAUCACGUGCUACAUCAAAUCAAUCCCGCUCGUUCAACUCUCAAGGGACUAAUUUACCACUUUAUCGGUUUCGAUAUAUAAAUAUAGUAUUUCCAUAUUUUGUCUUACUAGGUAACAUUUGACGUUGCGUGGUCACCAGAUUGUAUUGAUGGUAGAUGUUACGAUGUCCUCACACUGUCAAAGUCAGUUGAUUUCCUCGCUAUAAUGGCGUAUGAUGAAAUGAGUCAAAUAUUUGGUCCUGAAUGUGCUGCAUAUGCUAAUUCACCAUUUAAUAAGACAAAAUCAGGUAUAUGGGAAUUAUGGUAAUUUUGAGCAAAUACGUGCACAUUAAAACUUAUUAUAUCGCAAUGCUCUACAGGAAGCAUUCUUGCAAUCGCCGCUGGUUAGGUUUUUUUAUACCAUUAAGCACAAUGUGCCAAAAUGCGUUCCACUUUACUCUCACCUAGCUAUCCGGGCUGUCUCGCUGGCAAUAAAAAAUUAGUUUGUCUCAUUCAAAAGAACUAUUAAAAUUAUUAUUUAUUGAACGUUCUCUGACUUAAUAUUUAUAUCUACGAGCUUUCGGCUAUCAGUCUAUAGCCUUCGACGGGUGUAUACAAAUGAUUCUAUAAAGGACGCUAAACUUAAGUAGGUGGUAUGAAAUCUGAGACUAUCUAUGCUAUGUUACAAAUGGGCAAUAUGUAUAUUUAAUUAAUUAAUGUUUCUUGAGUUCCUUUCUUAAAAGUAUUGUGUAUUGUGCUGGAAGCGCAUUAGAGUUAUUAUCAGCUUCGUCUGUUAGUGCAGUGUGCCAGGACUCUAAGGUUUUAAGGUUUCUAUGAUUUCCCUUGUCACUUUAGCAUUGGCAAAGUCAAUUACAUGAUCUUGAGUCCAUGCGUGUUUUGCAACAUUCGAUCCCUUCUUGCUUUGUUUUACAUUCCUGACGUGUUCAGACUUUCUCGUCUUCAGGGAUCUUCCUGUUUCGCCUAUGUAGCUCCAACUAUAAUCUUGACACGGUAUUUGGUAGACCACGUUCUUUUGCUCUUCAAUUGGUGGUUUCUGUUUUGCAGAUGGAAACUGGCGUUCGAGGGUUUUCACUGGCUUAUUGUAAACUUUGAUGUCAUGUUUUUGGAGUGUUCUGGCUAGGGGUUCGGUUAGUCCUUUGAUGUAAGGUAGAACCGCGAUUCCUGCAGGUGGCGACUUUCCUUCGACUAAUUCGAAAAAUGACCGGACUAACUCUUCAGGGCUUGCUACAGUUUUCAUGGAUGUGCCAUGGGCAGCCCUGUUAGCGCAAUUGUUGCUAACUUGUGCAUGGAAGUGAUAGAAGAACAGGCCAUCCGAGACGCAACUUCACCACCUAAAGUUUGGAAACGUUUUGUUGACGAUUGUUUUUCCAUAAUAAAAAAGACUAACAUAUCAUCUUUUCAUGACACACUCAACUCCAUUGACCCACACAUUAAUUUCACUAUUGAAAACGAAAAGGACGGAAAGAUUGCUUUCCUUGACACAUUAAUUUCUAGAAGGGACGGCUUAAUUUCUAUUGACGUUUACCGCAAACCCACUCACACAGACCGUUAUACUUAAACUACUUAUCACACCACGACCAAAGACAUAAAAUUAGUACUGCAACAACACUUAUCAACCGAUCAUUGUCACUUCCUACUACCGACGAAAGCAAAGAAAGAGAACUAAAUCAUGUAACCACAGUUCUGGCAUCAAAUGGUUAUCCAAAGAAAUCAAUUUCAGGAUUGAUCAAAAAACGUAAGAACAAAACUGUAGUAAGCCCUGAAGAGUUAGUCCGAUCAUUUUUCGAAUUAGUCGAAGGAAAGUCGCCGCCUGCAGGAAUCGCGGUUCUACCUUACAUCAAAGGACUAACCGAACCCCUAGCCAGAACACUCCAAAAACAUGACAUCAAAGUUUACAAUAAGCCAGUGAAAACCCUCGAACGCCAGUUUCCAUCUGCAAAACAGAAACCACCAAUUGAAGAGCAAAAGAACGUGGUCUACCAAAUACCGUGUCAAGAUUGUAGUUGGAGCUACAUAGGCGAAACAGGAAGAUCCCUGAAGACGAGAAAGUCUGAACACGUCAGGAAUGUAAAACAAAGCAAGAAGGGAUCGAAUGUUGCAAAACACACAUGGACUCAAGAUCAUGUAAUUGACUUUGCCAAUGCUAAAGUGAUAGACAAGGAAAAUCAUAGAAACCUUAAAACCUUAGAGUCCUGGCACACUGCACUAACGGACGAAGCUGAUAAUAACUCUAAUGCGCUUCCAGCACAAUACACAAUACUUUUAAAAAAGGAACUCAAGAAACAUUAAUUAAUUAAAUAUUCAUAUUGCCCAUUUGUAACAUAGCAUAGAUAGUCUCAGAUUUCAUACCACCUCCUUUAUAGAAUCAUUUGUAUACACCCGUCGAAGGCCAUAGACUGAUAGCCGAAAGCUCGUAGAAAUAAAUAUUAAGUCAGAGAACGUUCAAUAAAUAAUGUUUCAACCUGGCUACGCAUCCUCUAUUUUUUCUAUUAAAAUUAUACUAAAAACGUAAACAAAGUCCGCGCAUGCGCAGAAGGGACUGUAACCUACCUUUAAACUCUAUUACCGAUUUGUCAUAUCUUGCUUAGCUCUCGAAAUAUUUAGACCGAAAUUAAUGAGCUCUCCCGCCAUCUUGGACUAUUAUAAUUCUUGGCCUCAUUAACUAUGGUUUUGAUGACGUCAGGAGUUGGGUUAACCAUAUAAAACUAUACUCUAAAAUGACCGAGUAACAAUUCAAAAUUGUUUGAAAUGUUUGUAAUCAUUUCUAAAUUACAGACAGCAACCAGAAACGAAAUUUUGGACCCAUAUUGAUCGUUUUAUACUCUCAAGAUAAAAAAUUGGCAUGCGUAUAUAACAUGCAUAUCCUCACUAAUCCAAGAUUAGAAGUUCUUUCGAAUGAACUAAACUAAUUUUUUAUUGCCAAUGUCCUUUAACAAUUAGGUAUCCAAAUCUCACUUGGGUGAGUUUCCUGGUGACGUGAACAGACCCUAAUGGUUCGUUGGUUCUCUAUUAAAUAGUUCCCUCUACGUUUUUAGGUGUAUCUAAGUACCUGGAUUUGGGUAUCCCACCUGAGAAGCUUGUCCUUGGUUUACCAUGGUACGGUUACGACUACUCGUGUAUAGCCUUCACAGGUGUGGACACGUGUCACAUCAAGAGAGUACCUUACCUAGGCGCAAACUGUAGCGAUGCGGCUGGCAAACAGAUUUCCUACUCGACCAUCAACGACCUGUUGCUCACUCGUACAGAGAGUGGUAGAAAAUGGGACGAGGGAAGUCAGAGUCCGUAUUUUGACUAUAUUGAUAUGAUCAAUCAAAAACACCAAGUGUGGUAUGACGAUCCGGAAAGCCUUGCGAUUAAACUGCAAUAUGCAGUCGAAGCUGGCCUUAAAGGCGCUGCUAUAUGGAACUCGGAUCUACUUGAUUAUAGUGCGUUGAAAAGAAGUGUGACACAGACGAAAGAUAUGUGGGUUACAUUAGCUGGUGUGAAAGAAAUAAAGCACACUCAUCACUAAAGCGCCGUGUAUAAACUACUUCAAUCCUCAUGCAUGAAAGCGCAAAGAGUCAUAUUCUUAAAUGACAUUUUGCUUGUUUGUUUCCUUGUUUCUUUAUUUAUCUCCCUCUUGUUCAGUUAUUUGUACUGUAUAGUAUGUCUUGCUUGCCACUCAGCUUGCUCAUGGACUUCAUUAGUGUGUAAAUUUUUUAAAAGGUUCAUGUUUAGUUGUUUUUCUUGUUGAUUAACUACUUGGUUUGUUUGUUUGUUCAGAUUUCUUUGUUUGUCUGGUUGCAUGUACGUCUGUGUAUUGUUAUUCAUAUUUGUUUGUUUAUAUCUUUUAUUUUUCGAUUGGUUGUAAUUAAUAUUUGUUUGCUUUUUUCUUACUGUUUUUACUAUUCCUUGUCUGUCAUUACGUUUGCAAUGCUAGUGCUAUGAUUUUUUGUUUGGUUGCUUGUUAUUUUUUGUUUAUAUGUUAUAUCUUUAUGUUUGUUUCUUUGUAUAUGUUUGUUUGUCUAUACUCUAUACGUCAACAAUCUUAACUCAUAAUUAAAGAUUUACGAUAUAACAAAUCGGUGAUGCAAAUGAAAUGUUAUCGUCGUAUUUGACUUUGUAAACAAUGGUAGAAUAUGGACUAAUCAAUAAGGUGGAUAACUCUCGUUUACGAAAUCUGCAAGAUAUUAUGGAACUUCAAGUGAUGGUAUUGAAGAGGCGUAAUAAACGGGCGUAUCAAACCCCGUUUAUAAAUAACGGACCCAUUCGCAAAUAUUUAAGAACAAUGAUUUUUGAUUGGGAUAAAUCAUAUCAAGCUAAACUAAAUAUUUCAACACUGUUAUACAAGCCUUUAACGAUAAAUUGUAUAAAUAUAAGAAUAAUCAGUGACAUUAAUUAUACUGUC